GAAUUAUAAGUCGAAUCGGCACGCACCUCCGCGCGACACAUUGGUGUCGGUAAUGCUAUCCCUAUAUAACCUGUAUAUAGGUAUGUGUUACAUACUGUAACUUUAUCGGAAGAUAUCUCAGCGGCAUAUCUGUUAAGAAGAUAACGUCAGUGUUCGUUGUCGAGUAGUGCCGCGCCUGUGCGUUGUAUCGCUAACAUAAUUCUAGCUCACAGCUUUGGAACGAGAAUUAAAAGGCGGAAAGAAAAUCUCUGUCAUAGAAUGGAAUUUUACGCGCAACGUUGUCACCAUGAACGUACUUCGUGAAUGAAACAUUAACACCGAUGAAUGUGCGAUUCUCAUCGUCAAAGAGUACUCCAGAGCAAAUCUGAAUAAACGUGUGCAAUUUCGGGAAAAUAUGACGGUCCGUUUUCCCGAAGUGAUAAGAAGUGGAUCGGAAGUGGAGGGCGGUUUAUCAGGACCGGCCAAUCCAAUACCUAGCCAGUCAAUUGAUUGUGGUUGCGGUCAGCUGCAAUGUCCAAAGUUGGCGAAAUUUGCAACGCGAAAACUCUUCGUGGGAUUGUUGUGCUGGAUCGGCGUGGUGCAAGCCGCGGGAUAUGCUUACUUUCAUGUGACAGGAUCCACGAUAGCUAGAAGAUUUCAAAUUGAUCCUCAUUUAAUGAAUUGGAUUCUUGUUGUAGCAGAAUUGACACCUUUCGUUCUUGGAUUAAUAGUAGCGUUCUGGGGUGAUAGAAUACACAGAGCUUCGUGGAUAGGAGCUUUAACCCUUUUGCAAAGCGUCUCGUACUUUAUUUUGAUAAUACCUCAUUUAACACAUCGCGUUCGCGUGAUUGAGGAAACGCAAAAUGUCACUCAUAUGUCAUUAUAUGCCGACGACAGUCCAGAAUUAUGCACUUCUGCAUUGUCCAGGGUCAUCGUAGAGGAGGACGAACCUUGUUACUUUACUAUGGUCAUCCUGAUUUUAGUAUCAAUCAUAACUGGUGCAGCAAAUGUAGCAUAUUUUGCCCUAGGAAUUUCUUAUUUGGACGAUAAUACAAAAAUGAAACAUGUGACCGCUUUCAUCGGUAUAAUUGUCGCUGUAAAGCUUAUCGGAGUAGUUCUCGGAUACUUUUUGGCCUGGGGAUGUCUUCGGAUAGACGCAGAAAGUUUCGGUAUUAUAAAUUCAUAUCAGGAUCAAAUCGGAGCUUGGUGGCUUGGAUUUCCGAUUUUAUCUAUAUUAUUGGUGAUUCCUGGUUUGCUGCUCUCGUGGUUCCCCCGAAGAUUGCCCUCAGUGGUUGUCGAACAAGCUGCAGCCUCACUUUUCAAUCGGGCUGCAAUAAAUAAUCGAGCACCUCAUCGAAGGAACAUUCAGAAAGUGGGUAGCUCCGAUUUUUGGCCGUCACUCUGCAGAUUGAUUACUAAUAGGAUUUUGAUGUGCAACAUCUUGACGACGAUAUUUUAUGCAAUAGCACUACUAAAUUUUAUGAUGCACGAGGAUAUUUUCUUGGAAUCCAGAUUUCACAUACCAAGACCGACAGGAAUGCUUCUUGGAUUUAGCGAUCCUUUACUAUCUAGACUGGUCACCAAUAUCAUGAGACCCAUUCUGAUUGGCCUGAUCAUAAUCAUCAGUGGUUUAGUGUUAGCCAAAGCGAAGCCACGAGCAAAGUUUAUUGUUAGUUACAGUCUCGUCAUUGUGCUUAUAACAGUGGCAAUUAUCGUCUCGCUGAUUUUCGUUACCUGCGACAGGCCGCCUAUCGUUAGUUUGGACAAAGGCUCCAAUGGACUAUUGAAAUACUGCAACAAGAAUUGUCAUUGCUCAAAAGAUUCCGAUUUUCGGCCAGUUUGCGACAGCUCGGGAAAAUUUACGUAUUACAGUCCUUGUUAUGCCGGCUGCUCCGCAAACAUUUAUAUCGACAACGUCAAGAUUUACAGUAGCUGUAACUGUGUGGAAGAAAUGACAGGAUGGGGGAAUGAUCAAGCGAAAGAUGGUCCGUGCGAAUCGAUUAAAUGUCAGGCUGGCUGGAUGCUUUUUCAAUUUGGAUCUUUGUUGGCGUAUGCGCUAGUCGCUUCCACGUUUGUAGGAGAUUUAUUGAUCAAUAUAAGAUCCGUCUACAAGCAAGACAAAGCCAUCAGCAUAGGUUUCUGGAUGACGUGGAUCGCGAUUUUUGUUUACGCCCCGGGCAAGUGCCUCUACGAAUUCGUCUCACGUGAAGCGUGUCGAUAUUGGGGCAAUCAAAGAGCGAUCUGCCAUUUACACGACAGUGAAAGAUUCGGCGACUAUCUGUGCUACUUGACGAUCCUAUUUUUGUCCCUGUGUUUUUUGUUCAAGAUUUUUCUUUGGUUUCUCUGUAAGGAUUUACAGCUGUACGAGGAAGUCGAAAUUAAAGAUGAGAACUCAGAAAAUGUUGUGCUGCAAGAACUAAUCGAACAAGCAGGCACGACCGAACAACAGGAAACGAUACAAGAAACAAGAAAUGGUGAUGACGCGACGAGACGAGUGGAAGUGAUUAUCGAGCCGGAAUCAAGAAUAGCAUCGGAAACAAUAAGACCGGAAGAUCCAUCGAAGGAGGAGGAAAAAACGCAAAGUAGCCAACCUUUAAAAUAUGGCCCAUUGGGCCCAGGCGAUCGUCGAUCGACGGGCUCGUAUCUGCCGACGAAUGAGAAUUCGCGAUCGACGAUCCAAAAUCUCGACUCCGAGGACGAGCUGGACAGUUCGAGCGACGAGAGCAAGAAACGAUCGAGUCCGCGGAUCGCUUACGCGCCUCUGGAACUCGACUCCGACGUCGAGAGCGACCUCAGCAGCAUCGGGCCGAGGUCGAGGAAGCGUGUCCCGAGUAAGGAUUACGACGACAACGAUCACUCUUCGUUCAAGAGUUCGUCCAUAAAGCGCUGGUUCCCAAAUCCCGAUCAUUACGAUGAUCCGCUACGGGCCAAGAGUUCCAGAUUCAGAAAGCCGAACGGUUAUCAGGACGGCUCCUCGAAAACAGGCAGCUUCGAGUUCUCGAAGAAAGGUCAAGAGAGCGACGUGCCCAAACGGGGCGACUUCAACGAAGUUGGCAUACCGAUAGUGGAUCCAUUUCCGGAAGGAAAGGGCAACUCGGGCGACACGACGCACUCGAAGGACGUCAAGUCGUUGAUCGAUCGAUACGAGCAGAACGCGAGUCAAGAAACUCUGAACGAAGAUCGGUUAUCGGUGAAGUCGGUGGAGGACGCGAGAAGUCGACCGGAGAACAGGAUGGGCAUACCGCUGGUAGCAAUGGUUCCUGGUAGGUCGUCUUCUUCUCGAGGACAAUCCUCUUCGGGCUUCAGCAGCUUGGCGGAUGUGCAGGACAAGAGUUCUGACCCGCGUUCCGAGAAACGCGCGACGCCCAGUCCGAAAACUUCUGUCGAGGAGAGCAAACCGACCUUUCAGACCGACCUGUGAAAUUAUGAUGACUUUUGUCACGCGAGACAUGCAGAUAACGUGUGACACACAUAUAUGUGACAGCGGCGCGUGAUUUCGCGAAUAUUUAUGGACGAAUAAAUAAUCUAUUAAUAGAAUCUAUCGAGUAUUAUCACAGUAAAUUUAUAUGUACGAAUGAAAUAAGAGGUUCUAACGAUUCCGAA